CUGCAUCUCUCCGAGGGCUCGGCUCGCGGGAACGAGCAGGGGAGGGGACGGCCGCCGGCGCCCGAGGGCCCGAGGAGUCGCUCUCCGCAGCGGGCAGCUGGGGCCCUAGCUGCGGCAGCGGCUGCCUGUGGCGCCCGCGCGGGGUGGCCGAGAGCGGUGGGGCGGGAGCUCGCAGGCAGCAUGGCGGGGCUGCGGGCCAGGCUGGGCUCGGGGCUCGGGUUGCUGGCGCUGUCCACGCUGGGCCUCUGCCUAAUGCUGCAAGUCGGCGCCAAGAGGCCCCCCAAGACGCCCCCGUGCCCGCCCAGCUGCUCCUGCACCAGGGACACCGCCUUCUGCGUGGACUCUAAGGCAGUGCCCAGGAACCUGCCCUCCGAGGUCAUCUCUCUGACGCUGGUGAAUGCUGCCUUUUCAGAGAUCCACGAUGGAGCAUUUUCCCACCUGCCACUGCUGCAGUUCCUGUUACUCAAUUCCAACAAGUUUACACUGAUUGGAGACAAUGCCUUCACAGGACUGUCUCACCUGCAGUACCUCUUCAUUGAGAACAAUGACAUCUGGGCACUUUCCAAGUUUACCUUCAGAGGACUCAAGUCUUUGACACACCUCUCACUGGCCAACAAUAACCUGCAGACGCUGCCUAGAGACAUCUUUCGGCCCCUGGACAUCCUGAGUGACUUGGACCUGCGGGGCAACUCGCUCAACUGUGACUGCAAGGUGAAGUGGCUGGUGGAGUGGCUGGCACACACCAACACCACGGUGGCGCCCAUCUACUGCGCCAGCCCGCCCCGCUUCCAAGAGCACAAGGUGCAGGAUCUGCCGCUGCGGGAGUUCGACUGCAUCACCACAGAUUUCGUGCUGUACCAGACCCUGUCCUUCCCAGCGGUGUCGGCCGAGCCCUUCCUUUACUCCAGUGACCUCUAUUUGGCUUUGGCCCAGCCAGGAGCCAGCGCUUGCACCAUCCUCAAGUGGGACUAUGUUGAAAGGCAGCUUCGAGACUAUGAUAGAAUCCCAGCCCCCUCCGCAGUGCACUGCAAGCCGAUGGUGGUGGACAGCCAGCUGUAUGUGGUGGUGGCCCAGUUGUUUGGUGGCUCUUACAUUUACCACUGGGACCCCAACACCACGCGCUUCACCAAGCUGCAGGACAUCGACCCUCAGCGCGUGCGCAAGCCCAAUGACCUCGAGGCCUUCCGCAUCGAUGGCGACUGGUACUUUGCCGUGGCUGACAGCUCCAAGGCGGGGGCCACCAGCCUCUACCGCUGGCACCAGAACGGCUUCUACUCCCAGCAGGCCCUGCAUGCCUGGCACCGUGACACUGACCUGGAAUUUGUAGACGGCGAGGGCAAGCCACGCCUGAUCGUGUCCAGCAGCUCCCAGGCCCCCAUCAUCUAUCAGUGGAGUCGCACCCAGAAGCAGUUUGUGGCCCAGGGCGAGGUGACCCAGGUGCCUGAUGCCCAGGCUGUGAAACACUUCCGCGCAGGUCGCGACAGCUACCUGUGUCUCAGCCGCUACAUCGGCGACUCCAAGAUCCUGCGCUGGGAGGGCACCCGCUUCUCCGAGGUGCAGGCGCUGCCCUCCAGGGGCUCGCUGGCCCUGCAGCCCUUCCUGGUGGGUGGCCGCCGCUACCUGGCCCUGGGCAGCGACUUCUCCUUCACACAGAUCUACCAGUGGGAUGAGGGGCGGCAGAAGUUUGUGCGGUUCCAGGAGCUGGCGGUGCAGGCCCCUCGGGCCUUCUGCUACGUGCCUGCUGGGGACGCCCAGCUGCUCCUGGCCCCCAGCUUCAAGGGACAGACACUUGUGUACCGACACGUGGUGGUGGAUCUCAGUGCCUAGAGGGGGUCCGAGGCCUCUGGGUUCCUCGGAGCACUGGAGGCUGGGUGGAGCCUCCGGGGGAGCAGCGUGUUUGCCUGUGUGAAGACACAUGUAGCCAACCUGCAUACAUGCCCUCACGUACACAUCCCCCCGGUGAGCAUGGACCGUACUGUGGACUCUAGCCCAGGGAUGCCACUUAAUUUUCACUGUUAAUCAGCAUGAAGUCUUGUAUACGCACCAGACAACCCAGCCCCUGGUGCCCUCCCACAUGUGGACGCCGGUUCACCCCACACCACCUCCCUCGCUCUGCUGCCUUCCACAUGCUCUGGCCCAGGGAGGGGUCCUGGGAGGGCUGGAGGCUGAACCGCUCCCUCCUGUUCUUCAGCUUAUCCUUCUGACCCUCUGGUCUUUCCUGUUGGUGCUCCAGGUGUCUGUUUACCUGCUUAUGCUCUGCAUCGCAGCCCAUGGCCACAUCCUUCACACUGCCGGGUGCACUCACCCACGCUCCCCGCCUUCUGCACGCACACGUCGACACAGACAGACUCCCUCAGUUACACGCACACACACCUGUCUACACUCCCAUCUCCAUGGGCACACAUGCAGAUUCAGUGCUGGGUCCCCUCCAUGACCUUGCCUCUCUUCCUGGAGGGGCACAGAGUACCUGUCCUCCUCUGCUCACCCCUGGUGUGGCCAGCCUGCAGCUGAAAACGAUUGGAAUGGUGGUGCCAACCUCUGGACACCAGCUUGACCUCCUGGGGGCAAAGCCCCUCUGCCCGAAGCAAUAACAACAGCUCCAGCAGACCCUGCCUUCUUCCCAGCGCUGUCUCAGUGCUCACUGGAGUUUCCUUCUCUGACCCUGAAUCCAGCUCACUGGUGAACAGGAGACCACCCAGAUGAAAGCCUUUCUGCUUUUCUUUCCUGUAGCCACCCCAGCCCCAGACCACACCCUGGUUCAGCCCCACCAUUGGGAUAUGGACCCUGCGCUGUGUUGGCUCCUUUGGGUGCGUCCAAGGGCUGGCCAAGCCAAGGUCACUGCAAGUACCUGAGGUAUCUGGGCAGGUGCCAGGAGUGGAGCUGGGCUGAAGAGCAUCCUGGGGGCCCUGGUGCCCCUCCAAACCACAGAGGCACACCCCAGGAGCACUGCCUUUCAGUGCAAGCUGACUGCCGCAGCGGGGAGGGAGGGAGGGUCCUGUGGGAGCGGCACCUGGCAGCCAAGCUUCUGCUGCCCUCUGCUGUACGCUGGGAACAGAGGGCUCUGAGAUGUUAGGCUGGUAGGGAAGGCACAGGGCAGGGAGUCUCUUCCGUGUGCCCAGACUGUGUGGGGACCUCCAGGUAGGAGGAUGCCCAGGGGCACUUGGGGACAAUGCUCUGAUUCACUUGCUUCAAAUAAAAAGUUUCCACCCCAUUGACGGCUCUCAGGUAUCCAAUGGUGAUGGUGAGCGGCACCUGUUUCCUUAAGAACAGAGCUGUGUUGUCUGUCCCUGCUGCUUGCAGGGGGCCAGCGUCAGUUUCAGACCCCCUUCCUCCCUGCUCCCCUCCCUCUGAGGAGU